UAUAUGAGCGCGAGCGGCGGGAGCUCGGGUCUUUUUAGCGCCAUCUGCGAGGGGCGCCGCCGCCGCCGCCGCCACUGCGCUUCCUCCUCCAUCCCCACCAUCUCGUCGUCGUCCUCAGUCACCGCGCCGCUCCGGCGUCGGCCACCGCCUCCAGUCUAGGAUACCUUGUGUUCCAUUUGACCAGUCAAAAACUUGGAUAGGUGUUUUGAAUUCUUACAACAUGGCAAACAUUGACAACAAAGAGCAGACUGAACUUGAUCAACAAGAUAUGGAGGAUGUUGAAGAUGUGGAAGAGGAAGAAGCAGGUGAAGAUGCAAACAGUAAAGCUCGUCAACUGACUGUUCAGAUGAUGCAAAAUCCUCAGAUUCUUGCAGCGCUUCAGGAGAGACUCGAUGGCCUUGUAGGAACAUCAACAGGUUACAUAGAAAGCUUGCCUAAAGUAGUUAAGCGACGUGUUAACGCCCUCAAAAACCUUCAAGUUAAAUGUGCCCAGGUAGAAGCCAAGUUCUAUGAGGAAGUUCAUGAGCUGGAAAGAAAGUAUGCUGCCCUAUACCAGCCCUUAUUUGAUAAGAGAAGUGAAAUCAUCAAUGCUAUUUAUGAACCAACAGAGGAAGAAUGUGAAUGGAAAGCAGAUGAUGAAGAAGAAAUUUCAGAGGAAAUGAAAGAAAAGGCAAAGCUCGAAGAAGAAAAAAAGGAUGAAGAAAAAGAAGAUCCCAAAGGAAUUCCUGAAUUUUGGCUGACCGUUUUUAAGAAUGUUGAUUUGCUCAGUGAUAUGGUCCAGGAACAUGAUGAACCUAUUCUGAAGCAUUUAAAGGAUAUUAAAGUGAAGUUCUCUGAAGUUGGCCAGCCUAUGAGUUUUAUAUUAGAAUUUCACUUCGAAUCAAAUGAAUAUUUCACAAAUGAAGUUUUGGCAAAGACAUAUAGACUGAGAUCAGAACCCGAUGAUUCUGAUCCUUUCUCCUUUGAUGGACCAGAAAUAAUGGGUUGCACAGGGUGCCAGAUAGAUUGGAAAAAAGGAAAGAAUGUCACCUUGAAAACAAUUAAAAAGAAGCAGAAACACAAGGGCCGAGGAACUGUUCGAACUGUAACCAAAACAGUUUCCAAUGAUUCCUUCUUCAACUUCUUUUGUCCGCCUGAAGUUCCUGAAAGUGGAGACCUGGAUGAUGAUGCCGAAGCUAUCCUUGCUGCAGAUUUUGAAAUUGGUCACUUUUUACGUGAGCGUAUAGUUCCACGAUCAGUAUUAUACUUCACAGGAGAAGCUAUUGAAGAUGAUGAUGAUGAUUAUGAUGAAGAAGGUGAAGAAGCAGAUGAUGAGGAAGGGGAAGAAGAAGCAGACGAAGAAAAUGAUCCAGAUUAUGACCCGAAGAAAGAUCAAAACCCAGCAGAGUGUAAGCAGCAGUGAAGCAGUGUGUCUGUGGCCUUGAGGAUAACCUGCACUGUAAUAGCCUAAACACAACUAUUAGUUACUUACAGCCUUAUGUUUUGUAAUUUCUUGGUAGAAUCAAGUAAACAAUUUUUGUUAAAAAUGAAAUUGAACGUAUAGGAACCAGUUCAAAACAUAGAUUCAUUCUACCUAGCAUUUUAAUAGUUUGAUUUUCUGCCAGAUACGUAGAAUGCAGUAAACCCCUAAAGCAUGAAUACAUUCAUUCAUUGCUGCAUAGUUUGGUUCUUGUGAUGUCUUUUGUCACGUAGCUAUUAGAUUGCAGCCGUGGAAAUGAUCAGAACUGUCAACUGAGACCAAUAUUUGUUUAGAAAAAAUCCUCUCCUAAGGAACCAACCAAAGUAUUUUUUUUUCCAGCCCAGUAGUUUGAAUGGGUUUGUCUGCUUGCACUGGCUGUGCCUUCAUUACUUUGUUAUAGAAAUGCAGUGACUUGUACUAACUUGGAGACAAUUUUUGGAUUUGACUACUUGAGAAGAAACUAGUAUACGGUUAAGAAUUUCCAGUAAGACCACAUCUAACAUUCAUAACUGUCUACUUGUUUAUGGUAUAGGCUUCUGUAUUAUGUGACAUAGUGUUCUACAAAAAAGCCCAGUCCAUCAUAUUAAGGAUAUUGUUUACCACUGGGGUGUGAAUAAAAACCUAGUAUUUUCAGACAUUAGCCUCAUCUUAUUGUACGAUGUCUACGGAACUCUGUUAUUUUAAGGUCUUUCCUUUGGGAUGGCACACGUUAGCCUUCACUGGAAGUGGUCAGUUCGGCAUCACCUGGAGAAGCCAUUUCCAAGUUUUAAAAAUGGCCACCUACUAAGUAACUUAAAUGCCAAGCACUAUUUUGUUUCUCAAAGGAUGACCAUGUCUUGCUUUCACUUACUGAAAUUAAUUCUUAAUGGCUGUGACCAAUUUUCUGUGUCACCUGGAAGACAGUCUGAUUUUGGAAGGCAGUUCUGCAUCUACCAAUAAAACGAGUGGCAGAAGGAAGAGACCGGAACCCUGAAAUUAUGCUUUCCUUUAGAAAAUUAGAACAUAAUCUUCUGAAGAGAGUUAUGGAAAGGCCAGAAUCUCUGGGUUCUCUUGCUUAAUGUGGGAACAUGUGCAUGUCAUUUACCUGUACCUCUGCCUAUCUGUUAAAUGGGUAGUGCAUUUUACUUACCUACCUCUCAGAAAUGUUGAGGCUGAUUAGGUUACAUUACAUAGUUCUUUCUCUUUGAGAUGAAGGGUUUAGAAAUUUGAACCCACUACACAGUGCAUGUGCUAGUUGUAUUUGGCAGCUUAUUAAAUAAUCAGACUGGAAAACACUGACUUGUACCUCUUCUUAGCAGUGCACAAGGAACUAUUUUCCAAUGCCAGAUUUUCCUGUGGCUCUUCCUCAGUGUCUCUGGAGACUAGUCUAAAGCUAUCCAUAUUUCUUGCCAGACCUGGGUGAAUAUUUACCAGUACAAACGAGUUUUUAAAUAAAUGAUUGAGAUACUAGAUCCUUUUUUCUUUAAUUUGGAAGAACAGAGCCACACUAAAAAUACCUCAGGCUACUUACUGUUUAUGUCUUGUUGAUGUACUUCAAGCUCAUAGCUUAUCCUGCAGUCAAUUCUUAAGAUGGGAAGCAGUUCGACUCUUGCUCUUAAAGCAAGGAGUUAUAAUGCUUUACUUUACAUAGUCCCGUGAUCUUGGAGAGUGAGUCAAAUUAUUGGUAUUUGCUUCAUGCCAUCCAUUUGCUGUUUGAGAUAAUUUAGUAGGACUUCUGGAAAUCCCUAACUGCUUGGACUGAAGUAGUGUAUAGUUUUGCUAUGGGAAGGUGUUUAUUUUAAAAUUUUCUGUCUCUCUUUCUACCCCCUUUUGUCGUUCCUCCCCCAUCACUUUUCUGUGAAGUUAAUUGUAUUCCAUUAAGUUGGACUACUGGGUCUCUGCAUUUUUCUGAAUACUGUGUUCUUUCACUGUUCCUGUUUCGUUUCUGCUAUGCCAUUCUUGCCCUUAGCUCUAGAAAAUUAGCUGUUUCCUUUAAAAAGGGGCAAACCUUGCAGUAGAAUCCUUUAUCUUUAGCUCUAAAUGAAGAUAAUGGUGAAGUGUUCAGUGGGUACUCUAGGGGCACUAAAAAUCAUUUAAACUUCCAGUGUUUACAUAACUGCUGCUUAUAGGAGACUUAUGAAAUGGGGCUUUUCUUGAUUCAAAAUGGACAGUGAGCAAAACUUGUAAGUAGAGCUUUUGAGCUAUGACUGGCGGAAACAUUCCCAAAACACUCACUUAGGUAAAAUAUUAAAACAUUUAAUAUGCAAGUAUUUCAUGCCUUUUCUUUUGAACUCUGGUAUCAAGACCUAAUUAAUGGUUGAUGUUGCCUUUAUGUUCAUUUUUUAGGCCAAUAGAACAUAUACUUUAAGCAAAGUUGGAGCUUCUUAAUUUGGUGUGGGAAUGUGUACAUAAUUGCAAACUAGUCUGAAUGACUACAAAUAGGUGUGGGACAGGUAUUUUUGGUUCAGAAAAAGAUGUAUUUGAGGGAAAAGACAAUAUACCAUAUAUUUGCCAAUUGACAAGCAUUGCAGAUUUCCAGAUUCUCAUUCCUGCUGAAAUAAUUUAACAAUAUGCAGUCCUGCUACAAUACUGAUUUUGAUAUAUUUUCUAGUUAAAGGUAAUGUGUUACUUUAGAACAUUGUCUAGAACAGUGUUCUUCCCUCAGUUGGUAAACUAGACCCUAUUAAGGGAAGUCGAUCUUAAAUGCAUAUUGGUAAUUUUGUACCCUGAUUGAAGCAUCCAGUUAUUAAAAUUUACACUGGGAAAAAGA